CGGAAUAUGCGUUCCCUGCCAACCAUCACAAAAAGAAAGAGAAAAGAAAAUAGGAAAAACAGAGAGAAACGAAUAGCAACAACUUCCCCAUCACCCCCCUUCGCUGGCUUUUCCGUUGAUCGAUUCCCCUCUCUCUCUCUCUCUCACUCUCUCAACCAUUCCACCCCCCACACAGAGAUAGAGAGAGAGAGAGAUAAAAGCAAGGAGUGGAAACCACGUAAGCCGAUUCUUGUAGAGAGAGAGAGAGAGAGAGAUCUGAGCGGGAAAAAUGGGGACGCUACAGACAUGGAGGAAAGCCUAUGGCGCCCUCAAAGACACCACCAAAGUCGGCCUCGCCCAUGUCAACAGCGAUUACGCGGAUUUGGAUGUGGCCAUAGUCAAGGCUACGAACCACGUCGAAUGCCCGCCCAAAGAGAGACACCUCAAAAAGAUUCUGAUUGCCACGUCAGCGAUUCGGCCUCGCGCCGACGUUGCUUACUGCAUUCAUGCGCUUUCCCGGCGAUUGGCCAAGACGCGUAACUGGACGGUGGCAUUGAAAACAUUGAUAGUCAUCCAUAGGUUAUUGAGGGAGGGUGAUCCUACUUUCAGAGAAGAACUUCUGAAUUACUCACAGCGAACACGCAUUCUCCAGCUUUCUAACUUCAAGGACGAUUCAAGUCCAAUUGCUUGGGAUUGCUCUGGCUGGGUACGUACUUAUGCAUUGUUUUUGGAGGAACGACUUGAAUGUUUCAGGGUUAUUAAGUAUGAUAUUGAAGCUGAACGUCUACCAAGACCUUCCCAAGGGCAGGAAAAGCAGGGUUACAGCAAAACCAGGGAUUUGGACAGUGAAGAACUGUUGGAGCAACUGCCAGCUUUUCAGAAGCUGCUGUCUCGUCUUAUUGGUUGCAGGCCAGAAGGAGCAGCUUUUGGUAAUUAUGUUAUCCAAUAUGCCCUGGCUCUGGUACUGAAAGAGAGUUUUAAAAUAUACUGCGCUAUUAAUGAUGGGAUCAUCAACCUUGUUGACAAGUUUUUUGAGAUGCCGAGGCAUGAAGCUUUUAAAGCCCUUGACGUCUAUAAACGAGCUGGCCAGCAGGCCACAAGCCUUUCUGACUUCUAUGAAGUUUGCAAAGGAUUGGAACUUGCUAGGAAUUUCCAGUUUCCUGUUCUUAGAGAGCCUCCACAAUCCUUUCUUACAACCAUGGAAGAGUAUAUAAGAGAGGCACCCCGAAUGGUUAUUGUUCCAAGUGAGCCAAUGCUUCAAUUGACAUACAGAGCAGAAGAAGGUCCCUCUGAAGAAUCAAAAAUAUCCGGUGAUGAAGCUGAGGCACCAGAUUCUGAUAAUGCUGAUGUGGCUAAAGUUGAGAUUACUCCUACUACUACUACUACUACUACUAUUCCUCAAAACAACCUGGAAACUGGUGAUCUACUGGGAUUGGAUUAUAACACUGCUGAUGCAUCGGCAAUUGAGGACAGAAAUGCUUUGGCUCUAGCCAUAGUUCCAUCAGAUGGUGCUGCCCCAACAUUCGAUUCUAAUGCCUUUCAAGCAAAAGAUUUUGAUGCUAAUGGAUGGGAGCUUGCCCUGGUCACCACCCCAAGUGGCAACAUUUCAUCAGUUAACGACAGGCAAUUGGCUGGUGGAUUGGACUCGCUCAUUCUGAACAGUUUGUACGAUGAAGGAGCAUACAGAGCCUCGCAGCAGCCUGUUUAUGGAGCACCGGCCCCAAAUCCAUUUGAGGUGCAUGAUCCAUUUGCAAUGUCAAAUAGUGUUGCUCCACAUUCUGCAGUUCAGAUGUCAGCAAUGGCUCAACAGCAGGCAAAUCCCUUUGGUCCGUACCAACCUACCUUCCACCACCAGCAGCAACAGCAGCCGCCGCAACAACAACAUAUGAUGAUGUCCCCAACUAAUCCUUUUGGUGAUGCAGCAUUUGGUGCAUUUCCUGUGAAUCCCGUUGCUCACCCGCAAACUAACAAUCCAUUUGGAAGCACUGGCCUACUGUAAAGACAAUGCUUGCACAUCGAGAAAAAAUGUAAUUUAGUCAGUGAAGUUGGUUUGUGUAUUUGGAAAUGAGUGCAAGAGUCUUGGUAUGGUAUUUGAGCCACGGGGAGAGGGUUUUUGGCAUGGAGAUAUAUGUUUGGGGUAUAAAAGAGUCAGAGAUGGGGAUAUCCAUGAACUGAGCGACUUCCUUCUCCUGACUUCUGGGCCAAAGGUUUGUUUGCAUUCUUUUGAUGCUUGUCUCGUGAUGUGUAUGUAUGUAUGUAUAUCAGUUUUUAGCAUUACAUGAUUAGAAGAAAAAUUCUCUGUAUUAAUGAAACACAUCUUGUUUCAAAGAUAUCCCUUUAGGGGAGAGAGCGAGGGAGGGAGCUAAAAGAAGCAAUUUUUUUUUAUAUUAUUAUUUUAUUUUAUUUUUCCUAAUGUUUGUGGCUUGUGAAAGUUUACUUUGUAUUGCCUGCCAAUGCUUUAUUAUAUGCCUUUUUGAAAACUAUAGAAGUGGCAAAAAAUCUCUAAUUUUGUUGCAGAGAAAUGCUAUCCAUACUCCCCAAAGUGUUCACUAUAUGGUGUAGCAGUGAAAUUACCGUUGAAUGUUA